GUGUGGGCGCACGGCCGAGUGCGCGAGUCUGUAACCCGAGCGCAGUGACAGCGGUCUGACUUGUCGCCCACUCUAUGUUGGAACAAACACGGAUGGACCCGCACGUUAACUUUCUAUGAAAAUAUCACUGUGAUUUUAUUUGCUGAAUCGCCAUGAAGGCCCAGGACUGGUUUAUUGUCACCUUCUGCCUCUGUGCCCUGAGCGCAAUCGCAGGUGCAUCAGAAGCAGAAGAUCGGCUGAUGAAGAAACUCUUUUCUUCAUACAAUAUUAAAGUGCGUCCUGCAAGGAGGCCAGAGGAAAGAGUCGUUGUGAGGAUAGGCAUGACCCUUUCAUCAUUCGUCAGCCUGAACAUGAAAGAUGAAGAGAUGAACACUAUUGUUAUUAUGAACUUGGAGUGGAACGAUUAUCGCCUCUCCUGGAACCCAAAAGAUUAUGGGGGAAUUGAUGUGUUGCGCAUCCCAUCUGGAAAAGUGUGGCUUCCUGAUAUUGUUCUCAUUAAUAACAAUGAUGGCAUAUUUGGUGUAGCUCUACAGGUCCACGUGCAAGCCUACAGUAACGGCCGUGUGACGUGGACUCCUCCAGCUCUUUACAGGAGUUCCUGCGGAGUAAAGGUGACAUACUUUCCUUUUGACUGGCAAAAUUGUACCAUGGUUUUCCACUCGUAUACAUAUGAUUCCUCAGAAGUGGAUCUGCAGCAUGGCCUUGAUAAGAGAGGAAAUGAAAUCCGAGAGAUAGUCUUCGACACAGGCUUUAGUGAGAGUGGAGAAUGGCACAUUCGUCACAAGGUUUCUAGGAAGAAUGUGCGAGAGGACCUAUAUGAGGACAUCACCUUCUACCUGAUCAUCGAGAGGAAGCCCAUGUAUUACGUGUUUAACAUCGUCCUGCCCUGUAUCCUCAUCACCAUCAUUGCCAUCUUUAACUUCUACUUGCCACCUGAUGCAGGGGAGAAGAUGGGCCUUUCCAUCAACGUACUGCUGACUUUAACUGUCUUCCUGCUUCUGCUGGCCAACAAAGUCCCAGAAACAUCACUGGGUGUUCCCAUUAUCGUCAACUACCUGAUGUUCACCAUGAUCCUGGUCACCUUUUCUGUCAUCCUCAGUGUUGUGGUACUAAACCUUCACCAUCGCUCCCCCAACACACACCAAAUGCCCCUUUGGGUGCGCAAGAUAUUUAUCCACAUGUUGCCUCCAUACCUGGGGAUGCUGCGACCUAAAGUGGAGACCCCUCUGUUUCUUGAGAAACCUGCCAAAAAGGAGAACACCCAAGCCAUCAGCAGAGUGGCUGAUGAGUACUUCAUCCGCAAGCCCAAUAAUACCAACUUCCUCUUCCCCAAACCCCACAGGUACCAGCCUGAUGGUCCAUGCACAGACCUGAGGAAGUUCAUUGACGGCCCCAGCCAUUACCUCGCCCUUCCUCCAGAUCUCAAGUCAGCCGUAGAGGCCAUCACUUACAUCGCAGAGCAGCUGCAGGCGGAGAAAGAUUAUGAGGCUUUAAAGGAGGACUGGCAGUAUGUUGCCAUGGUGGUUGAUCGACUCUUCCUCUGGAUCUUUGUGAUUUUUACCACCCUUGGGACACUGGGCAUUUUUGCUGAUGCCAGCUUCAAUGCCACACCUACUGACCCCUUUCCCUAAAUCUGAUGGUAGUCUUGAACUUUUCACCUCUAAAACAUUGGCAUGAGAUGUGUUAGACACUGUAAUGUACUCUCUGUCCAUCUGAGAAACGUUUAUUUUGCUCAGAUUUACACCACUGUUCGAACGUUUGAGGUCAGUAAGAUUUUUUUUUUUCUUUGAUUAGAAACUAAUCAAAGAAUCCAGAGAAAUGUGUAUUGAACACCAAAUCAUAUACCAGCAUAUUAAAAUGAUUUCUGAAGGAUUUUAUGGCACUGAAGACUGGAAGACUGGAGACUUUGUCAUCACAGGAACCAGUUACAUUUUAAAAACCCUUAUUUUAAUUGUAAUGAUAUUUCUCAAUAUUACUGCUUGUGCUGUAUUUUUGAUCAAAUAAAUGCAGCCUUGGUGAGUGACUUUUUUCAAAAACUUUACCGACGCCAAACUUUUGAAUGGUAGUGCAUUUGCAUCUAUGCAUAAUGUGCAAGAAAUUGUUUAGAUACCCAGUGUGAUCUUAAAUGUGUGAACGCUGUUCUAGUCAUUAUCUAGUCAAUAUUUUUUAAGAAACUUCUAUGUGAUUAAUAAGAGCAAAGAAGGUGUUUAAAAAAAUCUGCUUUUUUGUUUCAAGAACUGUUUCCCGCAUAUUUUACAUACUGUAUAUGAAUUUCCUCUACCAUGUGCUUGUUUGUGUAUGCAAAUAAAGUGUGGCCCAAGAUAUAACUAG